AUGAGACUACUGAACUGAUGAGUUUUAUUCUGCAUGAACGGUUUGUUAUGAAACAUGUUGCUAUUGAACUGAAUCUGAUUCUGUUUUAACGGUUUGUCAUUGAAUGUUUUGCUAUUGUACUGAAUUUGAUUCCGUAUUAAUGGUUUAUUUGGCAUGCUUAAAAGUUUUACCCGAGGGCUAUCCAUAUUUACUUACUGAGUUAUCUCAUAGUUUUCCUUGUCCACCAUUUCAGGAAACGAAACUGAGGACGGGGAAACCGAGGGGAGUGACGAGUUAGAAGGCUAGCCAUUCAAUUGGGGUAUAAGUUUUAGAUUUUAUCAUCCUUUUGUAAGGUUGAUUUUAUUCAUGAGAUUUUGUGAUUUGGAUAAGUUCCGAGCCUUGUGCAUUCGUGGGGCCGUUCACGAGUGCACGGCGUCUGUCGCGCCUCGAAUACGGGUUUUGGGGCGUGACAAUUUCUAAAGUCAAAAUCCCAAAGCCGACUUUACAUUUUUGCAGCGGCUCUCAAGAAAAACAAAAUGUGCAGGAAACCCACAAAUCUGACUACAUAUUUUUUAAGCUGGCUGUGCAGUCGACUCUAGAAAUCUAAGCCAAUUGUGUUAACACUUCUGUAAUUCGAAAUUACACGUCCUACAAAGCAUUGAAGGAUCCCCAACAACUAGAAACGGCUAUUUUCGAACAAGGGGCUAUAAAUAUGGUUAGUAGUAGAUCUGGAACAAGUUUGAAGAGCUUUAUAUUGAAUAUCUCUACCUACCAACUUGUGCUUUAACUUGAGUAUUUGAUCUUUGAGUGAUCUUUGCUUGUAAUCAUCUUCUUGUUCUACUUGUGUGUUAUCUUGGGUGUGUGAUUAUUCUUUCAAGAGUGAUUUGUAGAGAGGAUUCUUGGGGUUUAUCUUAUAAAUGGGUGAGAUUUGAGAGAAACACCCUUCUUCUUGUAAAAAGAUUGAGUGACUCCUUUAAGCCACCAUUGUUUUUCUUAGUGGAGAGUGUGGAGGAAAUCAUUGGUGAGUGAAAGCCAAGGUAAAGGAUUAGGAUCCAAGUGGUUGGAUCGAACCUCUAUAAAUUCAUUAUGCAAUC